AUGUAUUCUGUGAACGAGAUUGAAAUAUCAAAUCAAGACAGUGCUGGUGCUGCAUCACGCUCGCCACUUAAAGCUGCACUUCAGAAAUCUCACAAGGAAACAAGUGGACUGAAACAAGCAGCAAUCGAUGAAUACAGAGAUUUUAUACGGAGAGAGAAGAAGAGCUACAACGACAAGAAGUGGAAAAAGGUUAAAGAAGAACGAAAACAACCAACUGAUGCUGAACCUUGCUUCCGUACUGUGUUAAAGGAGAGUCGGUCCAUUAGAGAGUUUCAGUGUCUAAAUAAAAUUGACGAGGGAGCAUACGGCGUUGUUUAUAGAGCUCGCGAUAAAUCAACAGACGAAAUAGUUGCUUUGAAACGACUUAAAUCUCUGAACGAAACAGAAGGAUUAUCCAUUGCUGCUGAGAGGGAAUUAAAUACACUUCUUAAACUGAAACAUCCCAACAUUGUCGCAGGAUGGGAUAUAGCAGUGAGCUCUAAAAGAAAUCAUGUGUAUGUGGUAAUGGAGUACGUACCGCACCAGUUGAGAAGUUUUUUGGAGACGAUGCGGCAAAAUCAUUUGCUAUUCGGCCCAGAACACAUAAAAUGCCUGAUGUCGCAACUGCUGAGGGCGGUACAGUAUCUUCAUGCCAAUCACAUCAUACACAGAGAUCUCAAGACUCACAACAUCCUACUGACCCAAGGCGGUGUUUUAAAACUAGCCGACUUUGGUAUGACCCGAGAGUAUGGAUUCCCUCUUCAACAAUAUACACCCGGCGUGUGCACGCGCUGGUACCGUGCGCCUGAACUGCUGUUGCUCAGCCCACAAUACUCCACUCCCAUUGACAUGUGGAGUAUCGGGUGUAUAUUGUACGAAUUGGUUUACUUGUGUCCACUGUUUCCUGGUACGUCUGACUUAGAUCAAUUGAACCGGAUAUUUAUGGAUUUGGGAACGCCUUCAGACGCAACUUGGCCCGGCUUCAGCUCGUUACCAUCGGUACAAAACAUCAUUCUGAACGAGUAUCCACCGGGCGGGUUGCGCAAAAAGAUAAACUGCAAAGAUCUUUCCGAAAGCGGUUUAUCUUUAUUGGAAGGGUUAUUGACGUAUAAUCCGGCUAGAAGAGUGACAGCAGCCGCUGCUUUAGAGCACGCAUUCUUCAAGGAGCAGCCGGUGGCCAUCGAGCCGGCCAUGUUCCCGAUGGCGAUGCAGUCGGAGGACAGUGACCAGUACUCCGCCACUGAACCGGAAGAGGAUUGCGGCUAUCACCAUUAG